AUGAGCACGGAUGGUGUGCUAAACUGCUAGUUUGAAGUGCAAGUGGCGCACACAUUACAAAUUUCAACGCUAUACUAAAACACGAAAAGAAAAACGUUCGUUGGCUAUUAUAAUAUCUCUGUCUUGCCGAAGUGUAUCUGUACAUUUUACUUCCAAAGGGCUUUGUUCCCACGGUAUCAGACUAGUUCCAGUUGUUGGAUAUCUUCUUUGUUAUUGUUGUUGUAGGUAGUAAACAGUCCUUUAUAAUGAUGAACUACUCAGACUAUGAUUCUGACGGUUACUCUUCAAAUGAAGAUGCAGAUUAUGUCCCUUCAGAUGACAAUCUGAGUGAGGACGACCUGAAUGACUGCGAGCCAGAGGAGCCUUUGGAUGGGGAGGGACAGGCCGAGCCACUGAAGGAGGGAACCAAGAAGAGGGCAAAGAAGAGCAAGGGCAAAGACAUCACAGCCAGGAAGAGGAAGAAAGUGGGCCUGAAGCUGGAAGGUGAGGAGGAGGCUCCAAAGCAGGAGGAGGAGGAGAAGGAGGUGCACAAGGAGGAGGAGGAGGCAUCUGGGCAGCCUGAUGUCAAGGAGGAGAAGAGUAAGAAGAAGGCAGAUGACCUGUGGGCCAGCUUCCUCAGUGACGUUGGCCAGCGACCCAAAGCCACCACACAAAGCUCCACCGCCGCCGACGAGAAGCCUGAGUCUACAGAGAGCUCGGACAAGAGCACUACGCCUGCGGUCCAGCCAGAAGCGACCAAAGACAAGGCUCCAUCUAAAGUCACCAUCACGAAAGUGUUUGACUUCGCCGGAGAGGAGGUGCGUGUGACUAAAGAGGUGGCAGCAGACUCCAGAGAGGCCAAGAGUUACCUGAAGAAGGACGAGAGCGAAGCGCAGUCGGUCCCGCUCCCCAGGCCAAGCGUCACCUCACCUGGACCCGCAGCGGCUCCUGGACCCAGUGUGAAGCGCGCGGCCCCGGGGGGAAUGGGCAGUGUGCUGAGCCGCCUCGGAGGCAAGAAGCAGAAGAUGAGCACCCUGGAGAAGAGCAAACUGGACUGGGACACCUUCAAAGAUGAGGAGGGCAUCGGCGACGAACUGGCCAUACACAACAGAGGCAGAGAGGGGUAUGUGGAGCGGAUGAACUUCUUGGAGAGAGUUGACCAGCGGCAGUUCCAGCUGGAGAAAACCGUGCGCCUCAACAACAUGAAACGAUGACGCAGUCACGAGGAGGACAACACACACACACACACACACACACACACACACACACACACACACACACACACACACACACACACACACACACACACACACACACACACACACACACACACACACACACACACAUUCCAUUUGGACAGAACUAUAUGCUUCAACAAUAUAAACAAUGACGGACAUCAUCAUCAUCAACAACACACACACACCCACACACACACACAUACACACACUAUGCUAUGCUAUGGUGUAGUGCCUAUUCAGAGGACUCUAUUCCAACACAGUGUCAGAGUCACACAGUUUGGGUGGCCCCCUACGUGUGAAUGAUCUGGUGAAGUCAUUCCCAUGGAAGUAAGAGUCAGGUUAAUCCCAUUGACCUCUGUGUUCCAUUUUUACACAAAGAUGGCGGCUCAUGGAGCCUUUGACACACAAAUCUUCGUUGACACCGUUCCACAAUAGUUCCAGGAAGUGAGUGUAGAACACAGAAAGUGCAGUAAAGGUAAAUGUAAUUCAUUGUUGUUCAUUUUAUAUCAUCUUUUGCUUGUUAUGUAGUGAUUCUUUGUUUGUUUUUAGUGGAAAGAAAGCCGCUGCCUAGAACUAUUUGAAUCUACGUGAAUCAUGUCACCAACUGACUUCCUGUACCCCGUUUGUCACAACUCUGAAUUCUGUGGCUCUGGCUGUUGUGUGCUGUACUCACAUUGUUCUGAUUGGACGGUUAAUAAAAAGGGGCGGUGGGAUUUAGAUGCUUUCUUGGGGGAACACUGGGCAAAGGAGUUUGAUUGACAGCCAGAGAGCCAACGAGAAGGGUGCAACUAAAGUGAUGUGGACUGAAGACCUUAACAUCAGUGACUCCAUUGCAGAUCAUCCUUUUUAGAUUUUUGUAAUGUCAUACAAUGACUUUAUCGUUACUUUCUGUGAUCCUGAAGUGGAAAUUAGCCCGAUGUGUCAACAUGUGCGUUCAUACAUAUGCGUGUGUGUGCAUGUGUGUGUAUGUAUGUCAGCCAUCUAUAUUGUGCAGGAGUGGUACAGUAACAGAAAAACAGUGAUUGUCAGUAAGAUAUUAUUAGACUGUAAUGCCAUGUCUUGACUGGAGCUCAGAGCUGUACUUACUGUAGCUCUUUCUCAUGUGUAAUAACAGAGUGCAUGUAGAAGAGUAAUCACCCUUCACAAGUUCACCCUCUCUCUCUCUCUCUCUCUCUCUCUCUCUCUCUCUCUCUCUCUCUCUCGUGUUCUCUCUUUCUGUCUCUCUCACACAUACACACGCAUACAUACGUUUUUUUUUCUUUCAUUUUCACCGUCUCUCUCUCUAUCUCUUUCUCUCCAUCUCUAUUUCUUUCCUUCUGUUUCACUCUCUUUCUCUGUUGGUCUCUCUCUGACGAUCUCUCUCUCUCUCUCUCUCUCUCUCUCUCUCUCUCUCUCUCUCUCUCUCUCUCUUUCUCUCGCUCUCUCUCACUCUCUUACACACAAACAUACUGUUUUUCUUUUUCUUUCAUUCUCUAUUUCUUUCUGUCUGUCUCACUCCCUCUCUGUCGCUCUCUUUCUCUAUCAAUCUCUCUCUCUCUCUCUCUCUCUCUCUCUCUGGAGUGUUUUUAUGCCAUGUUUAUGUUAUUCUCAGUGCAGGUUCUUGGGAACAGCCUCUGCUGUGUCUGAUGUGCAAAUUGUGCUUCUGUUCACAUUUUCCACU